CACACACACGCACGGUUAGCAAUUAAGUUAUUUAGAUUAAGUUAAUUUUAAGUAAUCGUAGGUUACGUAAUUUUAUACCAGACCUAACCGCCGUGAUCCGGUGUAUACCUACCGUCGACAUCGUGUCUCUGUUCGCCCGCCGUACGUGAGUGUCGUACAUUUUACGAUAAAAGUCGCGAAAUAAAUUUUUAAGCCACAAACAAACAAUUCAUCGUUCGGCUCUAACAGUCUUUUUUUGAACUUUACCAUUGUCGCUUACCGUUGUUCUAUUCUGUUACCAGAACAUCGCUAUCAAAAGCGGUUACCGGCUAUUUGUCUGUGUAUUUUCGUUUCGUUUCCGUGCGCAUUGGUGUAGUUGUUUUCUUGGUUUUCGGUUUAUAGGUAAGGCGGCUGGCAAGUCCGUAACAACUGUGAGUUUUUUUUAACCAUUAUUUUAUAUUGUUGAGCCGGGAGGGCCAUAUAUUGCUAUUUAUAUUGUAUUUUUUUUUUAUUUAUUGUCAUAAUUCGUUCGCGCUAAUCGCCGCGAUUUUAAUUUUUCACGUUUUUCGUUUGUCGGGCCAAGAUGGCCGCAAUAUCAAUUAAGUGUAUUAUUUACAAAUUACUACCGGCAAUACAAAAUCUGAUUACAGUUUAUUUCUAUUUGUUCCUUUGUUACCAUCGUUUUAACAAGCCGCACAGCUACAAGUAUAUGCACGCACCAACACACCAACAACUUCAUUUGUGUCGCUAUAUACAUAAUGGUAUACACAGCAGAUCGGCAGGGUGGUCGGUGGUCAGUGGCGGUUGAUAUUUCAGAUUGGUAAACGGGCGCGCGUGUACUACAAUAUUAUUAUACGCGCUCCCGGAUUGUACGAAUUGUUACGCGUGAAAUUAAAUAAUAUGCGAUUUGGAGAGCAAAAACGGGCAUCUCAGGGCUGUCCGUGAUUUUUCUAAUAUAUUUCUUACAGGCGCGUUCUCGCCAAAAGCGACUAGCGGCGAGAACGCCUGCACUUGGAUUAUUUAAUCAUUGACGGUUUUCCCGCCGGAAGGACCGAAAAUCGGGUCCGACUGUUUGAAAACUGUUUUCCAGCGACCCGACACCACACGAGUCCCUACGUAGUCGUUGCUCUAUUAGUUCCUCGCCGUUUCUAUAAAUAAUAAUAGUAUAUAGUAUAUGAAUGUAUUUUGUAGUAACCGAUUUUAUUCGACUGACGCUGUUAUACGGCAGUAUUCGUACAUUUUGUUUUAAAUUCUUAUAUUAUAGCUCCGUUAAUUCAUGCAUUUCGACCGGACGUUUGUCCCAUUAAUUCUUUAGAUGAUACGAAUGAACUGUACGGGUCAACGUGAUGUGAUUAAUAUUAAUGUGUGAAUAAUAUAUUGUUUACCGUUCCGUAUCGUCUCGUGGCGGACCCGGGGAAAGGGCACAGGGGCACGUGCCCCCUGUAAAUGGGCUACAGUUUUUAUUUAUAUAUUUCCUAUUCAUUUAAUAUAUAAUUCAUAGUUGAUUUACUGAAAAUAUAAAUAACUAGCUGACCCGACAAUGCUUUGCUAUUGCUAUAGAUAACAGUAUAAAUAUGUAAAUAAUAGUAAUAAUAAUAAUAAUAGGUUUUUUUGUCCAUGACAACCAUGACCAAGGUCACCCGCGAAUAUUCAAAAACAAAUAAUUAGAUUUUCGUACCAAAAAUACCCGAUUACCGCUAUUUCAUCCCCUUAGGGGUCGAAUUUUCAAAAAUCCUCUGUCAGCGGAUGCACCGUCGUAAUAUCUGUUAUAUGUAAAUUUCAGCCAGUCCCGUCCAGUGGUUAGGGCUAAGCAAUGAUAAAUCGGUCAGUCAGUCGGGGGACACGUCGUCUUAUGUGUGGAGAGAGAGAAGAUGCGCGCCCCCCGCCCCCAAGCUUUUAAAAAAAUGUCUGGGUCCGUCGCCGGGCUCAAAUGCACGCGCUACAACAAACGCUAAAACCGAAAACUCACGCCGUGUCGGGAGGGGGUGGGGGGUGGGGCGUUAGACUCUUCGCGGAUCGGCGACGCGGCGGAAUGACGUUCGCCGUCCUGUGUCGGCGGCGGCGGCGGCGGCGGCGGUACACUUGCGGUCGCGCCCGCAAUCGGAUCCGGAGAUCGAAAUACGUGUGGCCGGUCGCGGGAGUUUCGUCCGGUGGUUCGCGCGCGGUGGUCCCGGCCGUUUGUCGUCGCCGGACCUUCGCCGAGCCGCCGCCGCCUUCGCGUCGCGUACACCGCCCGGCACUCGGCGCGACCCCGGGAUGUUAUAAUAAUAAUAAUAAUAUUUGUCGCCGCGAUAAGAGCCGGCCGAAAUUUAUGUGACCGCUCGCCGGCGGCACGACUGUCGUUGGUGUCAUUAUUAUGUUGCCGUCGUCGUAUUGCAACACAAAUUGUGUGCGCGAGCGGUCGACGUGUGCGGCGCGUUAUACACGCCCGUACGCAUCGUGUCGUCGUGUGGCAUUCCGACCGGGCCAGAAACGACGGCGGCACUCGGGCCCGGAGAGACGGCGUGCGGUGCGGGACGUUUUUUACGCCGCGGCGGAAAAAAAAAUAUUCGCGGGCGUUUUUUUCGUACGUUGGCGCCGGGUCGCAAAAGAAAAAUAGAAAACUGUGCGGAUGGCCGGCGGCCGGCCAUCCGGUUCCGUAAGACUGAAAACGGUUCCGUAAAUUCGGUCGUUUUUCGAUUUUCUCCAGAGUUUUUCUCGGCAAAUGUUGAAAAUCGGUAAAAACAACGUAGGAGAACCGGGCAAACCGGUACGACACAAACAGAUAUUAUUAAAGAAAAUAUAUAGAGCCUAUUUUAUUAUUUUAUUGUAAUAUGGCGUAUAUAUUGUUGACAAAGCAUCACUAUCAACUGAACUCCAUUCAGAAUCGUUUUUUCGUAAGCAAUGGUUUAUCGUUGUUCACAAGUAUACACUAAAUCACCUUUAAUAGUGGUUGCACCCGUCCUCGUUAUCAUAGGACGUGUUUUUAAAUAGUGUUAUCAUGAACCAGAUAUUAUGAAAACAACAAAAUCAUGUUACUGAUAACCUUCUUUUUUUUUUUUUGUUCAUCGACCUUUUUUUAUCUAAUCUAAGUUCUAGUUUCUUUUUCUACAUCACUGCGUAUAUACUCGCUAAAAAAUGUACUUCUGAUUAUGCACUGAUUAUAUAGCUACGAUUAAAACAUUAUAUCGAUACUUUAAUACACUAGCGUGAACAAUUAAGUAUUCCUUGAGGAGAUUCACCUAUAGGCGGCGAUUUGUAGACUAUACAACAAGUGGUUAUAAGUAUUUUACAUUCUAUACAUAUUUACAGUAUAGCGAGGGCUUUAACUAUUCAACUACUGUUGAUUUUAUACGAAAUUAACUUACGCGAAAUAAGACUGUAAUCUCUAUACAACUAUAAUUUCACACAUAGGUAGUACGAACUCUCGACCGGUGUAAACUCGACGCGUAAAAAUCAAACAGACGAGGUUCCCAAGACGAGAAACCUAAUAUUGUAUGAAAAGUUUCGUGAUCAUAUAUGCUUGCGUUCGAAACUGAACGUUAGAUUUUAAUUAUUUAUGUCUACUACACUACCGGUGAGCGAUUUAUUAUUUGUUUUUGAAUUUGAAUUACAGUAAAAUGUACCCAAUGAUAUUUUACAGUGCAAGUUAUCCUAUCCGAAAUCGAUCUGGUUAAUAUUUGGAAACGAAUUUUGCGAACGGUUUAGUUAUCACGGACUCAAAUGUAUGUACACAGUUCUACAGCUCUAUAAUCGAUACUACAUAUUAUGAUAAUAUAUGCUUUGAGCCGUGUUGUUUCGAUAAAUGUCGGUUUUUUUUUUCAGGCAUUUUGGUUUUGUUUUUUGUAACGGUUCAGAAAUACGACCACGACACGUCCACGGUUAUAUAUCACGUUUUCAUGGUAUGCGCGUACAUAGCUCCGUUUUUCGGAGCAAUCGCCGCGGAUUCGUAUUGGGGAAAGUACAAGUGAGCGAAAAAAAACAUUUUAUUUUUAAUACCUAGGUUUUACCGCAUCAUAAAAAAUUAAUUGAAAUAUCGUACACAUUAAUUUGUAGUGAGUAAUAUAAAAACAAAAAAAAAAAACCGAAUUUGAUUGUCUUUAUUAUCUUCGGAGGUAUUACAACGGGUAUAUUUUUGUGGAACACCCUGUAUAUCGCCACGAAAAAAAUAUACAUAUACAUUAUAUCCGUUAAUGCGAAUCGAAAAAAAAACAACAAAUUUUUCAUUUAAUAAAUCAAACGUUUUGUCUUGUAAUUCGUCUAAAAUAUAAUAAUAUAUAAUUUCAAUACACAUAACUACUAUAAAUAAACACACACAUACAGUCAUCGUUUAAUUUUAAACUGAAGAUGGAGAAGCGGGAAGGACCAAAUCCCUAAUCAAUUCCCAAAGUACGUGUCACUGAUCGUGCAUGCAUUGUAUUUUCUACUCUGUGUGUUUUUUUCAUUAAUAAUAUUAGUAUUACCGACAAAAUAAUCUGAGUUUUACUAUACCGCCUAUACCUAUAAUAUUGUUAUGCAUCUUAUAGUUGUUACUCGUAUUUUUUUUUCUUUUUUAUUACCUACUAUAAUAAAAUAAUAUGGCCGUCUAAAGCUGUUAAAAUUGGUAUUAAAGAUUAUCAAAACACGCGUUCGAUUACCAACUAAUAAAAUUGUUUUAAUGAUUGGAACGUGUAGUACAUAAUUCUUCACUCCCGUCGUUAAAUUUGUAUUUUUUUUUUUUUUUUUUUGUUGUUGUUACAGUAUACGACCAAAUAAUAAUAAUAUUGUUUAUAAUAUCUAAUCAAAUUCCGUCGUUUAUAGACUUUUUUUUUUUUUUUUUUAAUUUCCACCAAUAUGUUCGCCUAGUUUCAAAAAUAAAUUUAACGUAUUUUCUUUAAUUUAUUUAAAUUAAAACGUGCGGAGAUUUCUCCGCACGUUUUUCUAUCUUUAAUAAUUAUUUCAGCCUAACAAAAUCAAUUUAGUCGAUUAUUGUACUAUACGCCUACAAACCUACUGUGUCAUCAAAUUAUAGCUACGCAUAUUUUUUUUUUAUCCAAAACUACUAAUGAUUUUUUCCUAGUCCUGCAGUAGAUACGGUAGCUGGUUAUUGAUUUUCGAAGAAAGGCUAAAAUCUACGCCAACAAAUUGGUAAAACACGUACAGAGAUUAUGAUCAUAGAACCAACCAAUAAUCAUUGCCUAUAGGACCCUAGUUACUGAUUCUCACACCCCUUUAUGAUUUUGUCCUAGACGCAUCGUAUAUUUGUUUCUAUACUUGCCAAUCCAAAAAUGUAUACAUACAGAUAAUAAUAAUAAUGAUAUGAUAUAAUAAUUUAAUAUUAUGUUUAUUUUUUCAGAACAAUUUUUAUCUUGUCCAUCGUACAUGCAAUCGGUAACAUCAUGGUCGCUGUCGCGUCUUUUGCCACUUCGAUCAGUUUAGGUUUUCAAAGGUAAUACGAUUUUUACUCGUAUUUUUCUAUAUAAUUAUCAUGUAGGUAUAGUGAGAGUGGCGGAUCCCGUUCACUUCCUAAUAUACUCUCGGCUUGGCUUCCAUCAAACAUGCGUGCCUUAUAGCACCGUCCGUUAUCUUGUUCCAGAUCCACCCCCGUAGGUACGUGUAUUUAGUUUAAAAUUUAAUUAAUUGAAUUUCUCACAUCUCAAUCCCCGAUUGAGAGGCGACCAUCGGUGCAGUGGUUCGAUUACCUUUUGUAAUUAAUUUUUUAUUAACAACGGCGCAAUUAUAACAUUUUACACGGGUAAAAAACGCGUUUAAAAAAAAAGACUGCCAAAUUAUAAUCUAUAUCCCUCGAACGACGUCUCUGCUAUCAUAUACCUAGCUAUUUGUUUAACCACGGUUUCAAUAAUAAUGAAUUUGACUGGAAUAGUAUUAAGUAUAUAUAAAGAUUACCCACUUUGUUGAACUAUAAGAAACAUCGUGGACAAUUACAGUUUGUGUUCAAUUAUUUAUUACAAAUGUAAAAAAAAAGAUACGGAUAUACUUCGCACAAUUGGUAGGCCACUGUUGUAAGUAAUAAAUUGGGAAGGGUAGGAUAUAGAAGUGAAUUUAAUGUAUAUCUGUACGCAACGAUUAAUCUUUACUAACGAAAAAUCGAUUCUGAGCGGAGUUCGAUUACACGUGUAUUAAAAAGCCGUAAUAUUUACGAUUUGAAAAUAAUACAUUUUGUGUAUUUUCCAGGUUUUUUUCAUUUAUCGGGAAAACUCCUGAGAAAAUUAAAAAAAUUACCUCCCUAAAGUACCGUCUCAGACAGAUUUUCUUUCAAAAAGAGUGCUAUGUAUGAACAUCAAAGCGAAAUUCCUGGUAUAAAUGUAGUCCAAAGAAAAAAAAAUUAAACCAAUACAUUUCAUUCGCUGCGCUCAAAAUCUAAAAACUAAAAUAAAAAUAGUUGCAAUUUCCGACGGAAACUGUGGGUGAUCGCGUCAUCUGCAUUUUUCCCGGGGGACGCCAUUGAGUGUAUAAUACAUCGGUAAUUAGUAUAUUAUGUUAUUGUUAUUCGCAGGUCGUUUACGAUAGCGGGUCUCUUGUUGACCGCGAUCGGAGCCGGCGGCAUAAAACCGUGCAUUUCCGCGUUUGGCGGCGAUCAAUUCGUAUUGCCCGAACAAAAUGAUCAACUGAACAAGUUUUUUUCGAUAUUUUACUUUGCCGUAAACUUGGGAGGGCUCGUAUCAACUUUCAUCACGCCGGAGCUGAGAAAAUCGGUCCAGUGUUUCGGCGAGGAUUCGUGUUUCCCGCUAGCUUUCGGCACUCCCGCCACCCUAAUGUUGAUUUCAAUAGGUGCGAAAAACGAAAUGAAAAUGGAAAAAUAUUUAGAUUUUGUUUUUUACGAAUACCUAUGUUUACUGCGUAAACAGUCAGUACUUUCAAUUUAAUUUCAAACGAUAUUAUGUUUUGUUUAACAUGCGCAGUGUUGUUUGUGUUCGGCAAGAGUCUUUACAAGAUCAAAAAACCUACGACCAGUAUCAUAACGUCGUCGAUCGGAUGCAUUUUCGUAAGAGCGCAAUUACAUUACGUGAAAAAGAAAAAAGGAAAAAAUAAUAACAAUAAUAAUAUCUGGGCGACUAAAUACUUGCGUAUAAACAAUUUUUUUUCUCUCUAUCAAUUAUUAUAGCGUGCGAUCAAAAACAAAAUAACCAUUACCAGCGAAGUGGAAAAAAAAUACUGGUUGGAAUACGCCGACGACAAAUACAGCAACCGCGAAAUAUUCGAAUUGAGAUCGGCGCUAGACGUUAUGUAUUUGUUCAUCCCGUUACCGAUAUUUUACAUGCUAUUCGACCAACAGGUAAAUAAAGACCGAAAACGCCCGCGAGCAGAGGUGCUCGGUCGCCGUAUAGAGUCGAAUUUUUUCUCCCACCUAUAUUUUGUAUACAAUAGAAAUAUCCUUCUCGUGAAACGAUAAAUAACCCAAUACUGCGUCAUAAUAAUACGAUACUAUGUUAUAAUACCAUAUUCUAUACUAACUUAACGACAAAAAAAAAGAGGAGGGGGGAAUUUCAGCAUACAUUUAAGGAACGGGGUAGGGUUAAUAAUUGAAACUUUCAAAAGACACGUCUUUUGCGUGUCUAACGCCGUAUAUUCGUAAGAUUUCGCAUAGGUUUAAAAAUUGAAUUGAUUAAAAAUCUAUAGCUGUAUUGUAUUUAAAUACAAAUUAUACACAAUACGAGCCUCAAACCUAUGUACAAAAAAGUUCGAUUCAAAUAUUUUUAAAAACGUAAACGAAAACAAAAAACAAAUAUGUGUCAUAAGCUAUAAAUCAAUCGAUAAUAUUUUACAAGAUUCUAUGUUUACUAAUCGAAUCGUAAUAUUUUCCAUUUGUCUGUGAUUUCGAUAUUUGUCUGUAUAUAAUAGGUAUAUAUUUUCGGAAAUCUCCCCUCCCCCUCUGGAAUAUUUUGCCAUAAUUACAACCCGUGCACUGUAUAACUAUGAAAUAUACGAGAAUAUUAUGGACCGUGCGUGAUUUUUUUAGGGUUCUCGAUGGACGUUGCAGGGGACACUUAUGAACGGCAGAAUAGAUUUUUUAAACUGGACUAUAAAACCGGAUCAAAUACACAUGCUUAAUUCGUUGUUCGUUAUAAUACUCUUACCACUUUUCGACAUCGCAGUCUAUCCGAUUCUGUAUAAAAUCGGUAUUAAUACGUCUAUACGAAAAAUCACACUGGGCGGAUUAUUCGCAGCUUUGGCUUUCGUGUGUACCGCCACUGUGCAAUACACGAUAUUUGUAAGUAUAGAUAAUGGUCUCUUAUUCUCUGUCCUCUAGCGAUCACGAUGCUAAAACUUCUUUUUCUAUACUAGCCGAUUUCUUAGAUACUCUCCGAGAACGUCGAUACUUCUUCCCUGGGUCUAUCGUGAAGUCUCUUCCCCCGAGGAUUGUCGCAUUAGACGCUGAUCUAAUAUUACCAUCCGCCUCUAUCGCCUUUCCUCAUUCAUAUGGCUUAGCAGUCAUAUUAUAGUCAGUUUGUCCUUUAAUAUAAAACCGCGAUCACUGACGCCAAGUCUACGAUAUCAUAAAGAACCAUAUGUCCCGAUUGUACCUUCUUAUUGCCAAUUGUUUAUUGUUCCAUCGUGAACAAAGCCACAGAAUAAUUUCCAUAUUUUAUUAUCGAACGUCUUUAGUUUCCGUUCUAUCUGGCGAGUUGUCGCGUGUUUAAUGGCUUUCUUGUGCUUUUGAGACAUUAAAUAAAAAAAAAAAUAAUUAAAUAAUUGACUCUCAAUUUAUAUUUUUUUUCUUAAAUGUCAUCGUUUAUUAAUUCGAACAAACAAUAUAAUUAAUGUUGCUUUAUUAUCUUAGCGAGUCAAACGAAACCAUCUCCGAUUACAAAAAAACUGUAUUUUUUACAGGGCCAAUCAUUCUUAGCGCUGUCGACCAAUGAAGGUAAUAUUUUAAGGAUAUACAACGGUUUCGGUUGCAAAGUCACCGUAUCGGAUCCGUCGGUUGGCAAUAAUUUCACGAUCCAAUCUUUAGACGUGUUGGAUAUCAAUUAUUACGGUCCGGUAUCAAACGAAACUGGAGUUUUGUCUGUAUACAUAGAUCCUAUGUGCGAAUUGAAAACGAAUACUUUAAAUCAACGCGUUUCGAUCGCUAAGGAAAAGGUUAGAAUUUACUCAUCUUAAACGAUAAAUAUAUAUGUAUAUAUAUAUAUUUUUUUUAGGUUUCCUCCUAUAUACUGCAAUCGAACACUGCAUCAAACGGUGACGGUAUUAUUCAAUUGAAACGGCUACGAGAAUUGAAGAAAUUAAAAAACGGUAAUCCGAAUCUCAGGUAACGUGGUCGUGCAUUUGCAAACACUUGAGGGCCGUAAAGUUGGGAUUACAUUAUUGGCAGAACUUUUCAAAACAUAUCCAACAAUAAAUAGACUUGUUGGAAAUGGUUGGAGCCCUCCUUUUUAACGUAGGAUUGAGUAACUAUGCAAAGUAUAUGAUUUGAAAAGUUUUACUGACCGCAAUGUAAUGCCAACUUCACGUCAUUAAAUGUUGGUCUUAUAUUGUUUUCUCGAUUACCAUGCGAGUAUAUUACUUGUAGAUUCUUGUGUGACGAAAGGUCGACCGGCCGAUACAUCACGUUGAGAGACGUUAAUAAUAAAUUGUCGGAAAUUAAUAUUCGACUGUCGCCGGACACGGAAGACCAGAGUUACGAAACGCCUAUCGGAACGUGAGUGUUGUGCGGUAAACGCGAUAAACAUUCCGAAUGUUAUGCAUUGAAAAACUAUAUUGCUCGUUUCAGUUACAAUCUUUAUGUGGACGGCGAAUAUCUUUCGCAGACGGUCGAUUUACUUCCGGCCAGCGUCAACGAUUUAUUGCUUCGACCCGACCAUAAACUGCACGAUGUAAAAAUACCCGAAGACUUUGUGUUGAUUGCAUUGGUGUUUUUUUUAAUUUUGUAUUUUAUUUGUCUUAUGUUACUUUAGAACGCCAGAUUGAUAACGACAGAGAAGGGAAAAUAUAUACACAUUUUGUGGCAAGUUCCCCAAACGCUGUUCAUUUCUAUUGCCGAAGUCAUGUUUGUCGUUACGCUAUUGAACUUUUCGUUCACACAAGUAAUAUAUUUAUAUAUGUUAAAAAAUCGAAAUAACAUUAAAAUAGUCGGUAAAAACGUUAAAAAACGAAUUUUUAUAUUAAUGUAUAUGUUACAGGCCCCGUCGAGUAUGAAGUCAAUUAUUUCGGCGUUCAAUUUGUUUACACAAGGAGUCGGAAACAUACUAAUAAUUAUUGUGGCAAAGAUGAAUCUAUUUGAAAAUCGGGUUCGAUUAAACACGUUAUUUCUUUAAUGCAUUUUUUUUUAAUACAUAAUAUAUUACGUAUUUAUUUUAUUUUUUUCGUGUUUCAGGGUCACGAAUUUCUAUUUUACGCAAUUUUAAUGAUUUUUUCCAUGAUAGUAUUUAUGCUUAUGAGCGCAAAGUAUAAAUUCAAAUCCGCGACCGACGACCAUACGGCCGAUGACGAAAAUAACGCAUGAUCUAAAAACGAAACGAGGAAUAUAUUUAGUUUUAAUAUGACGUGUAUGUGUGUUUUUUUUUUUUUUUGUCUGUCUUUAAAUAACUUUUCGACCAGAAAUUGUGACCGGGUCAUCGACUACAGCGGACGGUUUCCAAUAGAAAACAUUAUUAUAAUUGGUGUAUUGAGAAUGUGAUUUUUUUGAUUAUCCUUACACUUAACCAUCUAUUGGAGGGGAGGAAAUUGAAAAUUCAUGAAUUUAUUUUAAGGAACAACGAUCAAUUCUGUCAAAAGGCCUGUACGCAUAAUUUGUUUUCUCUGCAGCCUGUCUCACGCGUAGUAUAAAUGCUCAUACAAUUUCAAGUUUAUUUUUCGUUUUUCGCAAUUUCUGACUUAAAAUUCAAGACAUUUUAGAUUCUGAACGGACCGAGGUAUGUAUUGGUUUCACAAUGUUUUUUUUUUUUCUGUGGACAACUUUUCUACCAACAAUUUUGCUCUGCUUUACAAUGAUAGCAUUUUUUCUGAAAAAAUAUCUGACAGGGCUGGUACUUUAGAGAGGUAAUUUUUUUGGUUUUCCCAAGAGUUUUCCAAAUUAACGAUGAAAGAAUAAGAAAAACCGUUGGAAAAUGAGAAAAUAGGUACAAUAUUAAAUAUAUAUUGUUUCAAAAAGUAUUUAACUCAUGUAAUUAUUUUACCAUAUCAUGGCAUGCAUACAUUGUUGACAAAGCAACACUAUUAAUCGAACUCCGCUCAGAUUCGUUUUCGGCUAGCAAUGGUUAAUCGUUGCGUACCGAUAUGCAUUCAAUUUCCCCACUAUCUCCCCAACUUCUCAUCUACAACAGCGGUCCACCACUGCACGUAC